GUGCCGGCGGUGCCGGCGGGCGGAGCGGGCGCGGCCAUGGCGCUGAACCUGGCCAAGAACGGGCGGGCGCUGCAGGAGGCCUACGGGAGCGUGGUGGCCGCGGGGAGCCCCACGGACUGGGCUCUGUUCACCUAUGAAGGCAACAGCAAUGACCUGCGAGUGGCCGGCUCCGGAGAUGGGGGCCUGGAGGAGAUGGUGGAGGAGCUCAACAGUGGGAAGGUGAUGUACGGCUUCUGCCGUGUGAAGGAUCCCAACUCUGGGCUGCCCAAAUAUGUCCUCGUCAACUGGACGGGUGAAGGGGUCAAUGACGUGCGGAAAGGAGCCUGCGCCAACCACGUCAGCACCGUGGCCAACUUCCUGAAGGGGGCUCACGUCACCAUCAACGCCCGGGCAGAGGAGGACGUGGAGCCUGAACUCAUCAUGGAGAAGGUGGCCAAGGCCUCCGGGGCCAACUACAGCUUCCACAAGGAGAGCAGCAAGUUCCAGGACUCGGGGCCCCAGGCUCCCGUGGGCUCUGUGUACCAGAAGACAAACGCGAUGUCUGAAAUCAAGCGGGUCAAUAAGGAUAAUUUCUGGGCCAAAGCAGAGAAGGAUGAGGAGAACCGUCGGCUGGAGGAGAAGAGGAGGGCGGAGGAGGAGCGGCAGCGGCUGGAGCGGGAGCGGCGGGAGCGGGAGCUGCAGGAGGCAGCGGGGCGGGAGCAGAUGUUUAAAGCCAGAUCCAGUGAAAUCGAAGCCCAGAAGAGACUCCAGCAGCAACAGGAGGCUGAGAACAGGGACAGGGAGCAGCAGCAAUGGAAGGAGCAGGCCGAGGAGUUCGAGGCGCGACAGCGGAAGGGCUUCAAGAGAAGCGAGUCAGUGGAGAAAGCCCAGGAGGCUGCCACGCUGAUCGCGCAGAGAGCCGUCAACCCCCGCGACAUCUUCAAGCAAAGGGAGAAAGCAGGGCCAGGGGACACGGGGAUGCCAGCACAGCCAGGGAAGCUCCGCAGCCCAUUCCUGCAGAAGGAGGUGAACUCGGUGCCCAGCCCUGCCUCCCCCAGCCAGGAUGUUUGGGGGUCCCCGCCGGCCUCCCCAGUACCUGCAGCAGGACGAGACUCUGGAUACAAUUCUGGUGUCCCAGGGUCCCACAUGGAAGAGAAUCUGUAUGAGGAGCCUCCGGAGCCCUCGGCCAUCUAUGAGGAGCCGCCCCAGGAACAAGUUGACGAUGCCAAAUAUGACUACAGGGUGGAGUACCAGGAGCCCCCGGACCUGGCGGGGAAGGGGCUCUGUGCCCGGGCACUCUAUGACUACCAGGCUGCUGAUGACACCGAGAUCUCCUUUGAUCCUGAGAACAUCAUCACCAACAUCGAGAUGAUCGAUGAGGGCUGGUGGCGCGGCUACGGCCCCGAUGGCCACUUUGGCAUGUUCCCCGCCAACUACGUGGAACUGAUAGAGUAGGGGGACUGGUGGGGGGGCUGAUGGGGGGCUCCAGACCCCUGGGACUGCUCCAGACCCCCGAGACCACUCAGCUCCUGCCUGAUUCUUCCAAACGACACGUGGCUUUUUCUUCUUCUCUAUUUCUUUCUCUCUCUCAGUGAAGUGCCAUUCCCCAGUCCCUUGGCAGUGGGGCCCCCCCAGGCACUGCCCCCCAUCCCCCAUAACUGCCCUUGGGUGGGUGAAGGAAGGGUCCCAUCCCACCCUGAGCCCACAGCGCUGGUCUCCCCCUCCUCCCUCGGCUUUGGAGUGGGAAGGAGGGCAUGACAAAUCCCUCAGAGGAAUUUUCAGGGAACAAAUUACCUCCCCCCUGUGCUCCCUCCCUCCCACCCCGUGACCUUGGACCUGCCGCAGCCACACUGGAGAAGCCACUUUCCCAAUUUUAUUUCAUUGGAAAAGCUCAUCAGAAUAAUUUUGGAAUCCUACGGGGUCUGACAUGACCAAGAGAGGUGAAUCCUGGCUCUCUUCCCCACCACCCCGAGCACACUGAGCUUGCCAUGUGUGAUCCUGUGUUUUCCUCCUUGCUCUCCCCACUGUUCCCUCGCCCCAAAUGUGCUCUGGGGAUUUAAACUGGGAGUGAAUAACCUUCCCUGCAGUGCAGAUCCAGCCCGGCCAAGCGCGUGGGACCCCCCUCCCCACCCCCAAACUCACUGUGAACAAGGAAAAGCCCAGCCCAGCCCCUCCCCCACACGGAGCUUCCUGCCUUGGUGUCCCUUUAGGAACAGGAGAGAACAGAGUUGGGGUGCUGGGGGGUCUCAGCUUGCCCACCCCUCCUGCAGGUGUGGGGGACAUGGUGUCCUCUCCGAGUCCCUCCCCCGAGCUCCUUUUUCUCCUUGCUCCCCCUGGGCCCUCCCCAGCUACAAUAAAAGGGCUUUUCUUUGGUGA